AUGUCCAUGCAAAUGGGGGACAUGCCUGCGGGCUCAAUGUCCAUGGGUGAAGGAAUUCCCAGUCUAUUUACCCUGCAGAAGAUGUACUGGGCUGUUGUGGGAAGCGCCAUCGGAGCAGCAACUCUUGUCAAUAUCCUAGAUCGUGCCCUCGCAAGACACCGCCUUCGAGAUUCAUCACUCACUCCCGCCAAACCAAAAUCGCUGUUCUUCAGCACAUACGCCACACUCACAGCAACAGCUCGCGAAAUCAGCUAUGCAACCCCACAACCCCUCAGACUCGGCGGUCUCACAAUCCACUUCCCACCCCUAGGCCCUGUCCUCGUCAUGCUAGCGAACCUGAUUGUAGUCAUGGUUCUAUGUUUCUACAAACUAGACUCACUAGAUCCAUGGCAGUGGGAGAACGUCGGCUACCGAACUGGCUUCAUUGCCAUUUGCCAAUUACCAUUGAUCUUCCUGCUGGCAGGUAGACAAAACAUUAUCGGGUUCGUGGCUGGAAUGAGCUAUGCUAGCUUGAACUGGUACCAUCGCUGGGUCGCGCGCAUCUUGUGGCUGACCGCUACCAUCCACAUGGGCUUCUGGUUCCGUAACUGGGGUCGCUGGAACUAUAUCACUUACCAGUUGUAUAAUGAUCCAUUGACGAAACGUGGAUUUGCAGCUUGGGUCAUUCUGACUUUCAUCGUGCUUACUUCUUUUGCGCCGAUGCGUCGUCUAAGUUAUGAGUUCUUCGUCAUUCAGCAUCUGGUGACAUUUGUUGGGUUCAUUGUUGCUGUUUGGAUGCAUGCGCAGGAUGAAGUUAAGAUCUGGGUCUGGAUUCCUAUUGGUCUUGUUGUUUUCGACAGGGUCGCCCGCUAUACUUGGGGUGCUUAUGCGAACUUGGCUAUCUUUCACCGAAAGAGCAAGAAGGUCUCGCUGUGGACACACUCGGCUGUUUUCACUCCACUGCCUGGGAAUAUCACUCGCGUGACUAUCGAAAACCCGGGAGUGAGAUGGCAACCCGGUCAGCAUGUUUUCCUGACUUGCCACUCGAUCGUGCCCUUGCAGUGUCACCCAUUUACUAUUGCGUCUCUUCCGGCCGACAACAAGAUGGAAUUUUUCAUCCGUGCCGAGAAUGGUGGUACCCGUCGGUUCUUCCGAUAUGCAUCGAAGAUGAACAACUUGCUGGGGAAUGGCGAGACAUCUCAGUCUGGUCGGGCUGUAUUUAUCGAAGGCCCAUACGGAAGCAUGCGACCCUUGCGUCAAUUUGACAGUGUAAUUCUGCUUGCAGGUGGUAUGGGCGCAACAUUUACAAUGCCUCUUUUACGCGACGUCGUUUCCGCCUGGAAGAUGGAGUGUACCAGAGAACAGACAUCUACACGCACUGCUCGCUUGGCAGCAACAAAGAGACUGCGUUUUGUCUGGGUGAUCAAAUCCCGCUCGCAGCUGACUUUGUUCGAGUCCCAGCUCCAGUCUCUCCUGGCGGAUGUGGAAGAGUGUCGACGCACGCAGCCAAACUUCCAAAAAGAAAUCGAAGUGAGCAUCUACCUCACCUGUGAUGAGAAGUUGGAUCCGCCAACUGUUGCCUCCGAAACACAGUCACCAGAACAGCCCUUGACCCUCCCGGAAAUAUCCAACAAAUAUGAGAUACAAAAGACAGAGAACGAAACCAUCUCAAUCAACUCCGUCUCCGACUCUACAACACCAGCACCCACACUAUCAGGAAAAGGCUGCCUCCCAGGCGGAGGCUGCUGCUGCACCACCCAAAUUGAAGACGAAGACAAAAUAACCAGCAGAUGUACAUGCUCCGGCCCAGCUGCCCAAUCAGACUUUUCUGAUGUGAAGGUAACCGGAUUCGAUUUGAAGACAACAACUGAUCAGAAUAUCCUUUCCGGUCGUCCUAUGCCACGAACUAUCAUCCGCAAAGUCCUCGAGAAGGCCGAGGGAGAAAGUGCCGUUGUUGUGUGCGGACCUCGUGGUCUGGCAGAUGAUGUUCGUCGCAGCGUAGUGUCCCUUAGUGAUGAGCGGGCUGUGCAUAAAGGCACUGGCGCACAGGGUAUUUAUCUGCAUGUUGAGAACUUUGGAUUGUGA